AUGGUGCACGUGCAGUUCAAUCCGGAGCUUCUUAGUACCCUAAAGGAAAAGGUUGUAGUGCUCACAGGAGGAGCGACCGGGAUAGGGCGUUCUGCAGUAACGCAAUUCGUUGGCAAGCACAGACUGACUCGAUAUCGAAGGUACGAUUAUGCUGACUAUGCUACAGAAGCAGGAUGCAAGGUCGUCUUCGGCGAUGUCAACGAAGCAGCGGCACGCGAACUUAAAUCCACUCUCGGCGACUCAGUCCGAUUCCAACACUGCGACACAUCUUCCUAUCAAUCCCAGCUUGAUCUAUUCACGUUAGCAGAGACUACCUAUGGUCAGGUAGAUGUCGUGGUUGCAAAUGCGGGCGUGGCAAACCACAAAGACGUCUUCGAUCCGAACUCAGACAUCUCUGUGGAGCCCAGCAUGAUGGAAGUUGAUAUCAAUCUGAAGGGCGCAAUAUUCACGGCGAGAAUUGGGAUGCAUUAUCUAAGGAAGAUUGGAGGCGGAGACCUCAUACUCGUUAGUUCUAUUGCGGGCUUCAAGGAGUGCGGAGGAUUGGCGCCCUACACUGCGAAAACGAAGCUUGUGAAAGGCAUCGAAGCCGGCUGGCGUGAACUUGGUCUUCCCGAAAACGAAGCUGAAGAUGUUGCAAGAAGCAUUGUUCUGUGUGCUUCUGCCAAUCGGAGCGAGGAAGGCAAGACUCAUCCCGGAGCAAAGAUGCCGUUUGCCGGCAAGAUACUUUGGAUUGCUGGCGGUCAAGCGUAUGAAAUUGAGGAUGCAAUACAGGAUCUUGAACCCCAAUGGCUGGGCGAGGAAAACAGUAAGGUUCUUGCUAAAGGCCAGGCAUUCCUCGCGAGCCAGGGCACAAGUUGGGAUGCGGAAAAGCUUGAGCAGAAGACGCCAUGA